CGAAGUUGAAAAUGGCCUCCCUAAUCCCAGAUGAACUCAUUGUUGAAAUCCUGUCAAGGCUUCCAUCAAAAUCGCUUCUUCGUUUCCGAUCUGUGUGCAAAUCAUGGCUGUCUCUGAUCUCUUCCACCGAAUUCAGACUCAUGCAUUUUCACAAUUUCAACAAACCAAACCCUCGCCACCUCCUCCGUCGAUUUGAAUUGAGGGAGAACAAGGAGGUAUACACUGUUCAUUUGGACGAUCAGCAUUUCACUGUCGAUGCGGAGGCUCCGAUUAAAUUCCCCUUCAAAAUUGUUGGUCCUGACAUCUACUGUUACAAGAUAAUCGGGUGCUGCAAUGGCGUUGUUUGCCUAUGUAAUGCUAAUACUACAGAUGAAGAAGUUAUUCUUUGGAAUCCUUCGGUUAGAAGGAACAUUACACUAGUUCCACCCAUCUUUCCUAACAACUAUUGGUACGAGUUGAUUCUUGUUCUUGGUUUUGGAUACGAUACGACGUCCGAUGAUUAUAAGGUUGUAAGAGUGGCCAACGAUGGUCUCUUCUUCUUUGCUAGACCUCAUGUUGAGAUUUACACCGUUAAAACUGCAGUUUGGAGGGCAGUCACGUUUCCAGAUGAUCUGCGUUGCUUCUCCAUCCUUCCCAACCAGUCACAAGUGUUUUUCAAUGGAUCUUUGCACUGGAUAGCCUGCGAUCCUAUGCUUGAGGUUUCAGAUUACUCAAUCAUGACAUUUGAUAUGAGUACCGAGCUGUUUGGAGAAAUUCAAUUGCCUAAUGAUCUAGAGCUAGAAUCAAUGACGGAAGUGGUGGUCACAGUAGUUGAAGAAUUCUUGGGUGUGAUUUAUUCUUGCCGUCAUAGUUCUUCAUGGUGGGGUUCAAGUACUUAUGUCAUAUGGGCUAUGAAAGAGUAUAAGAACCCAGCUACUUGGACAAAGAUGCAUACUAUGUAUUAUCCCGAUGAAGAUGUGGGGAGAGCUUUGCAAGUGAGGAGCAAUGGGGAUUUGAUAACAGUAUCCAAUUAUGGGGAUGUGACAAUUUAUAAUCGUGAGAUGUGCCAUUAUGUGUAUACUUCUUCCAUGGGACUUAUGCUUGCUGACUCAAUUUUUUUUGAGAGAUACCAAGAGAGUCUAGCUUUGUUGGAUGCCGAGCAUGAUGCCUUGGAUGAGGAGAGGGUUGAGGAAGGACAUGACGAAGGGUUUGAUGAUGAGUGGUUGGCAAGGUAUGAGGCUACAUACCUUAUCCCGUUGUUUGAUGAACGAGAAUUAUAAACUGAAGUAGUCAUGCUAUAUGCCAUCAAAUGUAGUUUACUGUUUUAUGUGUUUGUGAAAUUACCAACUCUGUGAUUUAUGGUUUUACAAUGGUUUUAGACUGUCAAUAAUUACAUCAACCGCUUUACUCUUUGGGGUAGAGGUCAGGUCUGCAUACACAGACACCACCUCUCGAUGGGACAUACCAAGCUUGUAUGGUUUGAUUUAAUAGUGAGCAAAGUAAGAUUUCCUUGUAGCAUGAUGUUUACCGAGUGCCUAGAUGUUAGAAGCUAGAAUUAUGUCAUUUGACAAGUCUUAGAAUGUGUUUGGCUUGUAGAGAUCAAUUGGUAGCACCCUCUAUCCCAAACGAACGGGCCAUUUUCUUUGUAGAUGGUGCAGAGAAGUGCUCAUUGAAUUUCCGAUGCUUAUGUCAAUCUUUUUUCCUUUUUUCAAAUGUUUUAAUUGGUACAAGCCUAAUAUACACAACCUCAUGACAAAAAGCUUGAAACUUGCUGUUUUUUGGGACAUGUGAGAAUAUUGCAGUAAUGAACAUCUGAUUAGUAGUUUGUGAAGUUAUUAAGUUGGAGUCAAUUAGAGUAACAGGGCAUUAAUUUUCAUGGAUACAAAUACCCCUUUGUGCAAGUAGUUCUAAAUGCAAUGCCUAUUUGAUAUUUUUUUGCCUACCGAAUUGUAAUGAGAUAGGACGGUCAAAAAAUUAAAAUGGAAACAAUCCGUUGUCCAUCUUGUUGGUACUCUCUAACAAUGUAUGUAUUUGGUGGUAUAAUUGAACAUUGAUGUGGGUUAUUGUAAAUAGUUUUUUGACCUUGACUUUCUUAGGGGACUAAUAUUUGGUGAAUGAGGUUCCUACGGAAAGUAUGAGAUCAUAGUUUUUUUUCAUAUGAAUGUUACAUUUUCUCAAUUUCUGGUGGUAAGAAUAAGAACUUUGGCUAUCGAAUCCAAUCCAACAGACUACUAACUGACUGCCAAUCCAACUCAAGUGCUGUAUCAGUCAAUUACUUUUAGCAAGUUGAUUGCAAAAUUCGAUCGCUUGUUGAAAGGACUGCUCACAUUAAAUGCACAAUUACUCUUGAAAUCCAUUUCACACCUAUGUGGUAAUUGUGCUAUUGAACAAAUGAUUGAUCAAUGGGCAGAUACAGGUUCGAGCCCAUGAUCACUUAAUCUAGUUGCGAUUAUGACCUAUUUUGAUGCCUUUGUAAGUACCCAGGACUUAUCACUACAACAAAAUUGAGUUUAUAGGACGCCUAAAUCGAUUAGAUGUUCCAAUAGAGUGCCUUAUAGGUUUAUAGGACCAAAAGAAUGAAGCGUUUUAUAGUCAAGGCAAAGAGGAAAAAAAGAAAGAAGCUGUUUUCGUUCGAUCGAGGGAAUCGAUGUACUUUCACUGCUGUGACCGGCUUUCAUAAAGCGCCUUUGGGCAGCAGCUACUAUUGKGAUCCAAUUCCGAGAUCAAUUCGACAAUGAAACUCUUUAAGCUAUGCUAUUUUCUCUGUCAUUUUUCUUGACGCGAUACAAAAGACAACUUUCGAGAGUCACUUAUCCCCUUGACCAAUUAGAGCAUGUUCUGGCUAAGGCUGGUGAUCCAUACACAGUAAAUCCAUAGCUUCUAUACCGGGAGACCCAGUUCAUAUAUGCAAUAGCUCGAGAUCGAUAGCCCAACCCAACUACUCUAA